AUGACUGAAGUUGAUAUGCUCAAUUCCUGGUCUGAGAUGAAUAGUAAUUUUCAGAAGAGUAAUAAUAUUACUCACUUGAUAGAUGAGAAUCCGGAAAUAUUCGAUGGAUCAAGCCUAUUCUCUCAUUUCUGUAGUCUUUGGAAAAAUUCACAAACCUCUUUAUCUGAGAUUCCUGUUCAGUAUGGUAAUGCGUGCCAUAAAAUUGUUCAAAGACUACCCAAAAUUUUCACUGAAAAGUCUCAUCGUAAAGGAUUACCUAAUAUUCGUAGCAUCACAGAAAUGAUCAAUCUUGAGAGGAACACAUGGAACCUUAUUUCAAGCAUUUACUUGGAUCGUUUUGAAUCAGAAACUAAAACCGGUACCGUUGAAGGAAAUGAUUUAUCUAAUUUUAAUCAUUCGGAACGGGAAAUUAUUCGAUUACUAUAUGAAAGAGAUAAUGAACUUCGUGAAACUCAGAUAUUAAUUGAUUGGUUAGAACGUAUAGUUCGUGAACAAAUUGAAGAAGUUGCAGAGAAAUAUGAAUGUUUAUUCAAUCAAACAACAGCUUGGGAGAAUACAGCACAUUUAUUGAGUUAUCUGUCACAAGCAGAGUUGUCGAAACAUCGUUUGGUCAAAGAAUUGCAUCCAGAUGCUGUCAAUCUAACUGGCAAUGAAUUAGAUCAAAAAGAUCAAAUUGAUAAUGAUCGAUUGAUGAAUUAUUUAUUUCUAUGUCUUCGUGGCGGUGAUCUACGUCGUGCUCAACUUCUUUGUACACAACGUGGUGAAUUUUGGCGUGCUAUUUCACUUGAAGGUUGGCGACCAUUUCAUUAUUCCGGAUUUUUGGAAAAUGAAUCAAAUCAAUAUGAAGUAUUGAAAAAUGCUGAUGAAAAUAUUACCGCGUCUAAAUCAUUUCAAAUGAAAUUUAUCGCUGAAGGGAAUCCAACUCGUAUUUUGUAUAAAUCUGUAUGUUGGUGGAAUGCAGAAAAUAUCAAAUUACGUUCAUUUGAACGUGCAAUUUAUGCUACAUUAUCGGGGAAUUUAAAUGUCCUAUCGAAAAUUUUACCAGCUUCAUGGACAGAUCAAACAUGGGCACAUUGUCGUGCUUUAGUCGAAGCACGUGUUGAUUCUAGUCUACGUAGUUUAUUGAAUACUGGUCCUAGAGCUGAUACAUUAGCUGUAACUGGAAAAUCAUCAAAAUACUGGCCAUUAGAUGGUGGUUUAAGCUUGCCCGAAUCUGCAUGGACACCAGGUGAUUGGACAUUGUCCAAUGUAUUUGCACGUGUUGAUGCCCGAUUAGGUUGGUCUGCGAUUGGUUGUUUAGAAAAAUGUCAUCAGCAUUUACGCAUGAAAUCCAUUGAUCGUUCUGUAAUGAAUGAUUUCCUCUUAAUGGAUGAUAUUUCUUAUACUGGCGAAAACAAUGAUGUGAACGAGGAUGCACAUCAACCACAACAAACACCUUCUAUAUAUGCUAUAGUCUAUUGUAUUUUCUAUGGUGUACAACAAACAAUUAUGUUGAAAAAUUAUAAUGCUUUUCUUGUAACUUUAUCAAAUCUAAUGCCAAAAUUAGUAUGUUAUGGUUUAGGUGAUGAGAUUGUCCCAGACGUGAUACCAUUACAACCGCCAAAUUUAAAUAAAAUUGGUCAAAUCAAUCAAAUUGUUUGUCAUACUCUACGAUUCUUGACACAUUUUGUUUUGUUUUUAAAAUCUGCUGAUUCGGAUAUUUUGGAUGAACCAUGUGCUGAAAUUAUUAAAGCUUAUUUAUGCUUUUUAAUUGUCAACAAAGAAAUUGAUUUAAUUGCUUAUUAUAUUUCUACACUGUCCAAUGAAUCAGUACAAAUUCAAUGGUAUUCAUGGUUUUUAACAGAAAUUCAUCAACCUAUGGAACGUGAACAUUGUUUAUCAUUAGCUGUGAAUUAUGGAUUUAAUUUAUCCAAAUUAACAAGAUCAAUUGUGAAAUUAUCUAAACAACGAAUUGAUUUAUGCAUGAAUCAACAAUAUCCAUCACAUCCUGUGAAUUCACAUGGAUUCUUGUCGAAACAACAAUCAUCAUCCAUCUUAAUGAAUGAAAUGGAAUUCUUCACAGGUUUAUUACAUAAUACUAACAACAAUAUGAGUAGUAAUAAUAAUAAAUAUGAAAUUGGCAAAUUAACCGAUUUAGAUAAACAACGUAUCAUUGCAUUGGAUUGGUUAUUUUAUAAUCCAGAACAACGUGGUGAAGCUUUAUGCUUAGCAAAUAGUUUGUUAAGAGUUUUUAUAGCUAUGCAUUCGUUUAAAUCAGCGCAACAAGUUCUAUCCAAAUUACCUGUUGGUACAUUGGAACAUGCUAAACUAAUCUGUGAAAAAUUGAAUUCACCUGAUUGGCUUGUGAAUACAAUUCGUGAACAUGAAUGUUUGAUAUUAUAUUUAGAAAGUCGGGAUGCAUUUGCUGAUUGGUAUCAACAAGUACACAAUAAUCGACCUGUACAACCAUCAAUACUCAUCAACAAUCAUAAUACUAAUACUAAUCAUCAUCAUCAUCAUCUUACACAUACCACAUAUGGUCCUCGAGGUUUAGCUCAACGUCUUGUUAUUGAGGAAUCGAAAAAAGACUAUUUAGCUCGUCUUGAACGUUGGCGACAUGAUACACGUUUAGAUACAGAGAAAGCAGCUGAAAAACUUUUAGCAUUAUUAACUUAUCCCUAUCCUGGUUGGUUAGUCAAUAUAGAACAAUCAAAACAGCAGCAGUUGAAAAUCGAUUCAAAUGAUCGACUUACAACACCAUCAACAACAUUGACAACAACAACUACAGCGACAAUGGAUACAACUAACACAAACCAUAUGAAUCGUGGCGGUACUGGUGGUGGUGAAUUGGACGACGGAGCGGAAGCCGAUGAUGAAAGUGUACUACAAGAUGAAAUUGAAUCAGCAACACAUACUGCUGUUGUUGUCAAACAUCCUCAUCAACAAACAUUAAUGCCAGAUAAAAAUGAUGCUGAUUUAUUUGAUGGCCUCGGUGAAAGUGUUGAAUCACGUCGAUUACAAAUGAAUGUAUUACGUGAAACAUGUAUAACAGAGACAGUAUUUCUUAUUGUACGUUUAUAUCAAACUGCUGGAUUACAUCAAAAAUGUAUUGAAUUAUCAAAUUUAAUUGUAGAUAAUAAAUUUAAUUUAUACAAGUUAUUUUCUGGACCACAAUUACAAAAUCUUCUUCAUCAUAUCUCAGAAUCAAUUCAAUAUUUCAUUGAUAAUGAACAAGAUCCAUUGGGUUAUCCUUGUAGUUUAACGGAAUUUACAAAUGCUGGUUGGUGUUUGUCACAGAAAACAUUUGCAGAAUACCUAAAGAAAACAGAUCAUGAAACUUAUAAUGAAUUGUUCAAUCUGUUGUUGAAUUCGGAUAUUCGUGAAUAUGGUUCACCAUGGUUAGGAGAUUUAAGAAAAGCUAGUCAUCUUGAAGCAAAUGGUCGAAUUGUUCAACUUAUUCGAUUACGUAAUAUUAGUAUACCACAAGCAACAGAAGAUUUGAUGUUAACCAAUUCAUCGGAUCAUCGUGGACCAUGUCUAUUACGAUUUACAUUUACUGAUGGACGUAAUCAAAUAUCUGGUUUAGAUAUGCAAAAUAAAUCGGAUUUAAAUAUUGAUAUUCCACCUGGAACAAAAUUUCGUUUAAUCGGAUCAAUUCCAUUAUUGAUGGGAUUUUUAUUAUUAUCAAAAAAGCAUAUUGAAGUACUCGGUGGUACUGUCAACAAUUUAAUACGUGAUUGGAAUAUGACUAAGUUUCUUAAAGGAACAGAAAAUCGUGUCAUCGGUCAAGGAGCUCCAAUGUUUGUACCGUUUGGUAGUCGUGAAGCUUCUUGUCUUAUACAAACUGAAGGAGAAUUUUUAAAUCAAUUACGAUCCGAUCGAGAGCGUAAUCAAAUGAAAUUUGAUUCAUUUCAAAUGAUGACAAAUAAUCGUAGUGAUGAUCAAGAAGAAAGUGAACUGCAAACACAAUUCAAUGAACAUCGUAAAGAAGUUUUAGCUGAAUUGAAGCUAUCCACGAAUCAUAAUAAUAAUAAUCAUCAUCAGGAAUCGAUUAACAACUCUGUUAAUCAUACUACAAAUGAUCAACAAAGAAUUUUCACACAUCAAAAAUCACGUCGUUUUCAACCUGGUUUAUCUAAAUUUUAUGAAAUUCAAUCAAAAAAAUCAUUGGAAUAUGAUGAAUCUUUAUCAAAAUUAUUAUCAUUAGGUUAUCCAUUUCAGCUAGCGAAUAGCGCAUUAAAAAUGCAUCGUUAUAAUUAUCAAGCAACUAUUGAUUAUUUACUGAGCAAAGCGUCUACAUCCAUCUUACAUAUUGAAGCAGAUGGUGAUCAUACUACUAACAAUAUUAAUAGUAGUAAAACGUAUUAUCCAAAUAAUUCAUCACGUGGCAUUCGUUCACAUGAUAGUAAUCCAAGUCGUCGUAUUACUACCACUAAUCGAGGCUAUCAUGAUCGUGGUCAUCGCGGUCAUCAACGAUAUGAUCAAUUUCAUUCAUCCAUUGAACCUAUGCAUAAUACUACUACUACUAAUAAUAAUGCUUCACUAGUAGUACGUCCAUCAAUGGGAUUAACUCGUUUAGAUGAUUUAAUUGUUGUUGCAGACUCAACCAAAUCCAUGACACCACCACCAACAUUAACAUCGUCUACAUCGAAUAUUAUAUCGAAAACAUGUAUUCUACCAAUUGGUUGUCCUAUUCUAGCACAAAAUAUAUCAGGUGAUUAUGUUGAAGCACAAUUGAUUGGUCAUUUUCCUAGACAGCGCAAUCUUCAUAACGGUGUGCAUGUUAAUGAUGAUGUUGGUAAUUGUAAAGAGAAAGUUGUAUUGGUUGUAUAUCAUCGUCAGCAAAAGAGUAAUCCUCAAUUAACGAUUGAUGAAGAAGAGAUUGUACCCAUUAAUUUGAUUAGAACAUUGAAUAAAGAAAAAAUAACAAUAGAUAUGGUACCACCUGCGCCAUUAGACCGAAUAAAACCUUAUUGUUUACCAAACUCACAAAUUGAUGAUUAUACUACCAAUGUCAACCAAUCAGAUGAAAUGGAUUAUUCCCCUGGUUAUGGAUUAUUGCCAAAUCGACCAUAUCAAUCGAGUAGAGGUGGCGGAGGACGUAGAGGAGGCGGCGGUGGUCGUCCUCACAGAACGUUCAGUGCUGGAAGAGGGGCUGGCGGUGCUGGCGGUAGACGUUCACGUGGUAGAAUAAUGAAUCAUUUUUAAAAGAAAGGAUGAGAACCGCUUAUAAACGAUUAAAACACACACACACAUUGUUUUUUUUUCAUCCACAAAAUGAUUGUCAAUAUUUUCAGAUCAAUGCUUUGAUUUGUACAAAACACAGUGUCUAAUAGGAGGAUAUUAUGUACAUAAGUAUGUAUACUUUGUGUUUUCUUAUUCAUAUCGGAAAGCGAUUUUCACUACUCUACAUUACUGAUGUUAUCGUUGUCGUGAUUGUUUUUACUCUUGUCCUUGUGAUUUGUUUGUUUUUGUAAAUGUAAAAAGAAAGUAACUAAGUAGCUGUUAUUUUAUGAUAUUUUUUAUUUUGUCUCUUUGUACAUGACUCUAAAGUGGUGUUACUUCUGUUCAUGUGUUUUUUUUAAAAAAAAUAAUGAAUUGAUAUGAAGAAAGUGUUAGGAUAUUCAUUCAAUAUCGUAAGAGAAUUAUUAUUGGUCAAUUCCUAUCGGUUCAUUCCUACUGGUCAAUUUUAUAGUCGUCCUAGAUAUCAAUGUCACGUGCUCUAAUGUUGUUUCUUAUUGGUUGUCAUCACUGUCAAUGUCACAGACUUCGAUGCUGUUUCUCAUUCGACUAAAAUGUAUAAAUACGCAUUGUGUGUAACGUUUUAUGACCAGGAUCCGGUCUCAGAUCCCUAGUCUGGGAUCCUGAUUCUCUUCUAGACUCGGACCUUGUACUUUCUGGAUGUUUGGUGAAUACAGGUUCUACUUCAA